AUGUCUGCCCGACAGCUGCGACGCCUUCAGAACCUCGUGAAGGCCUCUACAGGCGCCGAUGUCGAGGACGACGACGACGCGGAGAAGACGCGCCCCUCAACGAUGAGGAUCCCCGGGGGCGCGAGGAAAUCCGGGCGGCGGCAAAAGGCGGCGGGACAGCAGGCUCCAGUUGAAACGUGCAGCCAUCACGGCCAAGGGGAGGAAGGAGGGGCGUUGACCACCAGCGUCGACGGCAAAGCAGAUAUUCACAGGAAGACGGAGGGCCAAGGCGAACGGGCAGCGCUUGCAGGGAGGAGAGAGCCCGAGGUUGCAAUAAGCUCGAACCAGGAGGUGGAGGCGCGGGACGCCCCGGCCGCGGUGGGCGAGGUGCAAAAAAAGGAGGAGAUGAUGAGCGAGCGCCGCAGCAAGCGGCAGCGCAAUAGGAACGCGAAGGCCAAACGUCGCGAGGAAGAGCGUGAGGAAGAGUUGCUACUAGAGGCAGCACUGCGGCAACGAGAGGAGGACGCAACUGCCGGCGCUGGCGGUUUUGACACGGGCGGUAAGGAGAGUGAGGAGGCGGAUCUUCUUGAGCUUCUCUCUGCUUGCGACGUCAAAAAGCUUGAUACACGCGAAGAGCGCAUCCGUCGCUUUGGUGCAAGAGCAGUGGAGGACGUUGGUGACGGCAGGGUGCCAACGCGUCGCAGGGAAAAUAGGCCAGCCUCGCUUCUAUUUGCGGAACACGGGCAUUUUGCGCCCCGUUUUUUCCACAGCCUGCUGGCAACACCAAACCGCUAUUGCUGGCCGCAGUAUGACGGUCUCGGGGUGGCUCUCGUGGUGAAAGGGACAAAGGCAGCUAAGGAUAACCACACCUCCAAGGAGGAUAGUAACAGCAUGGUUGCCGGCCCUCUUGUAUACUACCUUGACGAUGCCACGGCCGAGACGCGUCGUGCAGACAUGGCGCUGGCGGUUUGCGGCUCACUUCACGCCGGUGUAGAAGGCAUUAUGCAAUGCCUGGCGUCUGCACCGUACCACAUCCCUACGCUUAUUAUUGCGAGCAACAUGUUUGAGACGAUGGGUAGCGUCCCGCGCGCUCAGGAGGCCAUUGAUGUUGCGCUGUAUCACGUGGGGGUAUUACUUUCGCGGUUUCCAGUUCGACAGACAGUGCGGCGACGUUGCAUGCCCUUCAGUAUUGCUUCUAAUAAACAACUUUUCCAGGUUUUGCGCUGUGGAGUGCAGCAAGCACUCAGAAAAGCGGCCACCAGGACCGCGUGGGAGAUCGCAAAACUGAUCUAUUCCCUCGAUGACACCGAUCCACUUGGGAUGCUGCUGCAACUUGACUAUUUGGCACUGCGGGCGAAGCGGUGGGCAUGGCUAGUGCAGGUGAAUUUUCUCGUGACACGUGAACUUGAGCUCGAGGCGGAUGGCAAAGCGGAUGAGUCGAAUGAUGCACGGUCCAACCGCAGACUGGCGUUGGCACUGUCAACCCUGCCCGGCUUCUAUUUCAGCGCCGCCCUCGCCAAAUACUUUCUUGAGCGCGAGGAAGCAGCAUGCGUGGGCGCUACCGGGACAACCAGGAGCAAGACCUCAAAAGUGAUACGUGAGAUGAAGUCGAUGCAACUGCAUGCCUUCCACAACACUCCACCGGCUGUAGUGAUGCUUGCGCGCGCCAUUGGUCGUUUCCCUUCCGCUGCAGUGCUACUUGUUGAGAAACUUGGAAGCCAGUCUGUGCUUCCAUCAGCUCCAGCAGCAUGGCAGGAUAUUGUGAAGGCCCACGAGACGACCACAGAGGAGCACAGUUUGCACGUGGCUAGUAUGUGGGUGGCUAGGAAUGCCGAAAUGUGGAAAGCGGCAGAGCCAAGCGCCUUUUUGCGUCAGGUGGUGCAAAACGAUGACGGUAGUUGGUUAACAUCUUGCAGUGGUGCUGGUAAUACCACCACCUCGACAGCUGCUGUUGCCGUCACAGCGGAUGCCUUGCACCCUCUCACUCCAUGGAAGCACGCACCGCUCAAGGAAGAGGACAUAUUGGGUCCAACCCUGACGGCAAUUCCGGCACACUUGCUAGACACGAACGAACUCACCGAGGAAGACUUGCGCGACGAGGCGCGGCGUGCAACAAGGCGCGAACUUGCCCCAAUGGAACAGAUCACCCUGCUGCGUUUUCAAGCUCUGUAUGGGCCCCUCUCACCACCGACGCUCUUGCCGGCUGAACAGCUCGCCAGGUAUAGCACAAGGUUUGAGGAGGAAGGUAGAGAGCGCCAGGUUGGGGAGGAUCACAAUCCCCUCCUCCUCUUCUUUCAAACGCUCCUUCCUUGGAAUAGCACGCAAGAGAUGGCACUGCGGGCGGCGUUGGAUGCUGCCGGGGUUCCUGACCCUGCCGUCAACUUGAGCCGUCGACUGCGCAUGGAAGACGAAGCCGCAGGGCAAGAGUCGUCGUACGAGUACGAGUACGGGGAGGAGGAGGAGGAAGGAGAUGGGUGGGAAACAGAGGAAAGUUGGUAUGACGAGAGAUUCUUUAUAGAAAGUGAAGAUGACGAGAACUAA